AUGGAAAUUGCAACUGAAGUUAGAGACGUUUAUACUUUUUCUCCCGGCCCAUGCUCUCUCCCAUUAGGUGUUCAAAGAUCAUGCCAUAAUAGCCUUUGGAACUUUGAAGAUUUAGGUUAUGGCUCUCUUGAAAUUCCAGGAAAUUCUUAUGAAAGCAAAAUCCUUGUAAAAAAAUGCAAAGAUAAUCUCCGCACUCUUUUCGAGUUACCUGACAAUUACUCAGUCAUGCUUAUGGAAGGAGGUGCCCAUUUACUAAAUUCUGGAAUUCCUUUGAACAUGAUUCCAGAGGGAGGUUCUGCAAACUAUCUUGUUACAGGUUUUUGGGGUGCUCGUACUCACAAAGAAUCUCUUAAAUUUGGAAACAUAAAGCUUGUCCACGAAAUAGUACCAUAAAUGAAUUAUAUUCCUGAUGAAAAAGACUGGUAAAUAGAUACAAAAGGCAGCUAUUUCCACUUCACAGACAAUGAAACUCUUUCAGGUUUAGAAUUCAAGCAAGUUCCUUAUGCUUAAGGGUAAAAUAUUGUUGCUGAUAUGACCAGUUCUCUCGGUACUAAAAAGUUAGAAACAAAUAAAUAUGCUGUUAUUUAUGCUGCUGCUUAAAAGAAUCUUGGUAUUGCAGGAAACACUGUCGCUUUCGUUAGAAAUGAUUUAAUUGGAAAACCUCAAAAGAUGACUCCUUCUUAUAUGGACUGGAGAAACAUGGUUGAUGAAAAUUUUGAUUACAACAUGGGUAUAUACAGCAUUUACGCUACAAACACCUACGUUGAAUAUCUCAACUAAGCUCCAGGCAAACUUGAUUAUUGGGAAAACCUUGCAAAUUAAAAGGCUAAAUUGAUUUGGGAUGUUAUUGAUGGUUCAAGAGGUUUCUUCAAGCCACUUUGUACCAAGAGAGACCAACGUUCAAGAUUGAAUAUUACUUUUUACUGUGCAAAUGAUGAAAAAAUAGAUAAUUUAUUCAUUGAAGAAGCUGCAAAGAUUGGUUUAAUUGAAUUGAAGGGACAUCCUGCUACAAAGGGUGUAAGAGCUAGCAUUUAUAAUGGUACUCAACUCGAGGGCGUUAAAAAGCUUAGAGAUUUCAUGCUCGAUUUCCAAGAAAAGAAUGAGGUGCGAAUUGUUAAUACUUUAUCAAGACUCUGA